AGUGGCCCUAUAUCAUGUAUAUAAAAAAGAAAUAUGCCUGUUAUUUUCAACUUAUUAGACCAAGUGCAUUGAUUUAAUCAAUUGACAAGUUGUCAACAAAUAUCAAAAUAAUAAGGGGAAUACCAUUAUUUUAAUGGACAAAAGAUUAUACAAAUAAAAGAAGAUUUUAUGAUAUUGGUGUUGAAAAAAGAUAUUAUUUUCAUACUAGUUAAUGGCAUACUAUAGUAAUGGGAAUAGAUUUUUUCGGAGCUAAACUUUUUAUGAUGGAUCCAAGAUUGUCCGUAGAAUUAGUUCUUGCAGAAAAGAAUCCCUCGCAUCACAUCAUGGGAGAUUUAUUAGAAUAUUUUGAGGCGCAGAGUCGGAAUCUGGAUGAGAUGUCAGCAUCAUGGUCCAGCCCAAUACCAACAAAUUUUACCUCUGUAAUCAAAUUCAAUGGAGUACCAAUAUUACCUCCUGUGAUGACUGCCAAAAGGAGAGAAGAAAUGCUGACCUACAGAAGACAAGCCAUGAGACUGGAGAACAGAAAAAAGUCAAAGCAACGAGAAAAACUAGUGGCUAGAGUACAGUCUAUAGUGGCUGAAGUUGAGAAAGAGUUUGCUUUAAAGCGCCGUUCACGGCUUCCUCGAACAGCCAGGAUAUCUCAGCUUAUAGAAAAGCAAAAUAGCAGACUUUCCGAUUCUGUGGAUUCCUCUCCUGUCUCAAGCGGAACUGACGUUUCUUCAAAAUGGUCACCUGAAAGUGUAAAUUCAUCAAGAUCCCCAGCUGGGAUCUCUAAAACAAAUAGUCUUUCUUCAAAUAAUAGAAGCAAAAGUAUGACUAAUAUUAACAAUGAAAAAACAGUGAAGGUUGAAAAAUCCAAGCCGUCUUAUACAAAAAAGAAAGAUCAAAGCCAGGAAGAACAAAAAUCUGUGAACAAAUCUGACAAAUUUGUCAGGGAACAACGAACAAAAAUUCCGGCUCCCGUUCAUACUACAAAAAGCACCCCGCAGAAAUCAAAACCAAAAGCUUCAUCUAAGUCUCAGGCAAAAGCUUUAUCAAAUUUGAAAAAAUCGAGUUCAAUGUCGUCCCUGCCAAAUCCUGCAAAAAUCCCAGGAACCCCAUCAUAUCCUGUUCCAAAACCACCUUCAACAAAAAUGACAGAAUUGCAGGCUAGACGUUCAAAUUUGCUGAUAACAGGUAGAAUUUCAUUUUCUAAUCCUGAUUUAAGAGACUUUGAUGAUGACAAUUCUUUAUCAUGUAAAUCAGAAAGUGGAAUUUCCAGAAAUUCUCGUAGACUGAAAAAGUCUGCUUGGCAACAGGCCAAUCAACAUAGUGCUUCAGACCCAGAUAUAAGUCGUAAUGAAAUAGGGGAGAGCCAGGGGUUUGUUUUAUCACCGGAAGAACCAAUUUUACAAUCCCCUAAAAUCCAUAGACUCAAAAAGCAGCAUAAAACAGCAGGAAGUAAUCCUGAAUUAUCAUCAACACAAUACUCACCAGAAGUUGAUCCAGAAAAAUUUAGACAGGAAUUCCUUGCUGCAAAAAAGAAAAAACAGCCAAAAUCAUCUGCUACAAAUACUGAAAGGAAAACUUCACCUUCAGAAAACAAAUCAAUGACAAAAGAAACCUCAAAGAGGAGGCAGUUGCCAGUAGAACCAAAAGUUGAAGAACCUCAGUCACUAAAUGACUAUCCAUCUUUAGAUGAUUGUAAUUCUUUACCUCAAGAAUUUAGCGGUUUGCCGUUGACCUCUGUUAAACAGCAGCAGAUAGGUCAAGUUCUUGCCAAACUUUCCAAACAUCUCAAUUUGCAGGACACAGGUGAAACUCUGAAUUCUACAUCAAGUAGUUCAUCUACAGAAAAUAAUAUGAAACAGUCUGUCUAUUCUAAAAGUCCUUCUAAAAAUAAAGAGGAGGAAACGAAACAAAAGUAUUUUCAUUCACCUACAUUGUCAGAUAAUUCAGGAAAUUCUGGGAAAGAUGGAGUAGAGGCUAGUGUUUCUAGUUUUAACCAGUCUGGUGUGAAUUCUUCAGUGAUGAGCUCUGUGGGUUCAGUUGGUACAAAUCAAAGCAGACGCAUGAGUCCAAAAGGACUGAAAAAUACUGUUCAUUUUUCUUCAUUCGUUACCGAAAUAAGUACUAGUGCUAGUCAAUCUGUAGAGGAUAAAAUUUCUGUGAGAAAAAUGGAUAUAACUCCAUCAAGUAGUGCUGAUUUGACAGGACAUACAGGGUCAGCAAAUUCUUCAGAUUUAUCAAAUCAAGGUCAAAAUGGAAAACCGAUGCAAAAAAACGUAAACGACCUGGGGUCGUCAGCAGUACCUCAGGUCAGUACAUCAACAACACAGCCAUAUAGAAAUAAUUUAUUUCCUGGACAGCCAGGAUCUAUGUUAAGCAAAGUUGCCUUGAGCCCAGAAGAGUCACCAGGUGGCACUCCGAAAAGUUUUUUCAAAGAUCAGGAAAUGCCAUUUCAUGUUUAUACCGCUGAAAUUGAUCAUAACACUUCGGACAAGGAAAAUGAAAACGUGUAUCAAAAACAAAUUCCUGCUGACAUGGAUGAUAAGCUGAACUUACUUGAAAGAGAACUGAAUAAAAGUUGUGAUCAGACUUAUGGGAAUAUAUUUAUGCUAACUGGAAAACGUUCCAACGACUCAGAUGAUAGAUCAAUAGGAAGUACUUUGAAAGAGAGUCAGGAAAAUGUUAUAUCAGGAAUUCAAAGGAAUUAUUUCAAAAACGAUAUUUAUUCAGAUGCCAACAGAACUGACUUUGAAAAAGUUAUGAAAGUUUCAUCAUCUGUUACAGAAGGCUCGGGUCAUGUGAUGGGUGAUGUGAACCAAUCAAAACAUUUGUCUCAUGGAACUUCUGCCAAUAAAAAUAUUCUUCCAACAGGAAGUCAAAUAUCUCCGAAUAUUGUUCCUAAAACUUUAGACCGACAUGUGAGACAUGGAUCAUAUACUCUUGAGCAUCCCUCAGAUGCUUUAUUAAAAGCAAAAUUAAACCAACAAAGUCCGCAAUAUUCUCAGACCAAUGGAAAUAUUACAAAAAUGAAUAUAGGGCCAGAAAGUAUGGAACCUGUAUCAGUUUCUCAAAAUGAUAUGAGUGUUCCAACAUCGGAAUCAUCAGAACAAAAUGCAAAAGCUGAACAUAUUCAGAGAUAUUUGUCUCAAGUGCAGCCGCACCCGGUUGAAGAUGUGCUAGAAAAUAAUCAAAAACCCAUUCAGAGCAGUAAUACAAGCAGACGACCUUAUGACAUUGGAGAAGCUGUACAAUCAUUUACAGAAACUCUUCAAUCAUUUGAAACCUUAAGUGAGGAAGAGAUGUUGAAAAUUCAAGCAGAUCAUUUUAAUAAAAUUCGUCAACAUCUUAUCGAGCAACAAAAACAACAGCUAGAAGAACUUUUUGUUUCUCAAAGACGUGAACAAAUGAAUCUACAGGAAGAAAUUGAAAUGCAUCAUGAUCAUUUACGUGAACAGCAAGAAUUAUUCACAUCAUUUUCUGAACAAAACAACCUUAGUCAAUUUUCUGCAAACAAUCUUCAAAAUACCUCUGUGAAUAGCUACAAUGAUUCUGCUCAAAAUUUUAUGAACCCUCCACAUUCUAAUCCUUCGAACCAGAAUAUUUCAGUGAACAAUCAAUUUCAAAUGAAUGCUGGUAACUAUGGUAACAGCUUCACGUCUGCUGGGUCACAACAGCCAAACACGAAAGGAAGUGCUGUCAACAAGUAUGUUCCCAAUAGUUACUUCCCUACAAAUACUACAAACAGUUACGUUCAGCAAAGUUCAGCCAAUGGCUAUGUUCCUACAACUUCUGGAAAUAGAUACCUUCCAAAUGAGUCGGUAUUGUCAGAAAUUCCAGGGAAUGUUAGUCAACCUGUUUAUUCUCAGCAAAUGCCUGCCAACUACUCUACACAACAGAAACCUUUCUCUUAUAUAUCUAGUCCAAGUUUGUAUUUUAACCCAAGGGAUCGGGAUAAUGAGUCAGAUAUUAGCACGUUCAGCAGAGGCACGCCUAAACAGUCUUUAAAGUUUAACCAUUCCACACCAUCACCUAAAGCCUAUAAACCAGUUUUGCACUCUCCUGUAAAGGAGGUUCAAAAUGCCUGGACAAGUUCUACAAUGGUAUACCCAGAGUCUGCAUUUGAUCCCAGAUUACAGCACUGUUUUGAUAGAGUAUCAGCUUGUGUGAAAGGAUACUUGACACGUCGUCUGCUAGUCACAGAAAAAGUACAGGAAGUUGUCAAGACCAUUAGUGAUACCAAAUGUUUUGCAAGAAGCUUCCAAGCUGAAACUCCCAUUAAGAAAGGGCAAGUCAACAAUCAAGAUAGAGAUCUGCUGGAUAGAAUCAUUGCACAGCUGCAGGCAGCUUUGUUAGACGUACAUGAGAUAUUUUUUGACAUACCAGUCUGGGAGAGAAUGCAGAUUAUAGAUCAUGACAGACAAGUGAUAGAAGAGAGACGGCUCAGAGAAAGUGGUGCUACAACAAGAUCUAGUGUAUCAUCAUCACAGCCAAGGAUCAGUUCUGCCACACUGAAGGCCAUGGAAAGAAAAAGAAAAGCACAAGAGGCUGAAUCAGCUGUGUUUGGUGACAUCAGACCAAGGUCGGCACCCCAUGUUGAUGAAAGAUGUCACAGAGAAAGUACAGAUUUAAGUGGACCUUUGAGAAGACACUUCCAAUUUCUUUUAUCCAGGGCUCUACAACCAUCUCAUCUUUCACACAGUCACAAUACUUCAUCACAGAGUGGCAGCACCACAGCAAGAACAAGAACUCGUCCAAAAACAGCACCAAGUCAGCCAGUCCAACAUCAGCAUCCAGUACACCAAACAUCCAAUCCUUCCACCCAGCAGACGACAGCAGCUACAGCAGCACCUAAAACCAGGAAAACAGCUAGUACAGCAAAAUCAUCAACGACAUCAACAGCAUCAGUUGCCCCAAAGAGGAAAAAGUCUGGGAAAGCCUGGAGAUGAUGAAAAGUUUGUAGGGAGCAAAGGACAAGCCCAAUUACAUCGAGCUGUAUGUGAAAAACUGAUGGGGAACAGAGCAAGGUCCAGCAGGCAGAAAACCAGUGAAGUUUGAGUAGAGCAGACGACAACCAAGUGCAUCAUGGGAUACUAGAAGUCAUUAAAAUUUGUAAUAUUUGUAAACAUUUUUUUGGGAGCACUGGUCAAGUUCAAUUACAUAGUGCAGUAUAUGAAAAACUGAUGGGGAACAGUUCUAAUUUUAAUUUCAGCAGAUAGCAACCAAGUGCAUCAUGGGAUAUCAGAAGUCAUUUAAAUUUGUAAUAUUAUGAAAUGAUCUCAGUUUUUGGAAGGUUGUAAAAUGAAUCUCAUAUUGUAUUCAAAAUAGUGAUGAUGAGUUUUAAAACUUGUUUCAUAUCUAUUUGAAAAGCUGUAAACAAAUGCAUUUAAAACUUUAUGUUAUAUGUCUAUAGCAAUCUGUAAAUUCAUAGGUAACACAUUUUCCAACGAUUUCAUUAUUCACUGAAACCUCAAAGUUAAAUACUCAAUGAAAGGCAUAUAUAUCAUAGAUUAAUAAUGAGUUUUAAUAUAUCAAGGCCAUAGAUUCAUUCAUAUUUUUCAUAAACCAUGAAGAAAUUAGUGUUUUCCACAAACCUUAAAGAAUAGUAAAUUUCACUUUUUUAAUUCAACAAACCAUAAAAGUUGUGCAAAACAUUGCUUAUUUUACAACCCAUGUAUUUGGAAAUAAGCAUCCAGAAUAUUUCUAUGCAUUUAAAAAUACUUAUGUUACAUUUUAUCAUUUCACUAUUUGUAGAGCGAUACACAUUUAAACCUUUAAAUUUCUGUGUAAAACUUGGUUUGGGAUGAAGAUUGUUAAUAGGGGUAAAAAAAGCUUCUCCAUCAGAAAAAAAUGCCCUACUUUUUUACUGUGUUUUGUUGGAGGAAUGCUAAAAAAAAUAUAUGAUGCCUUCAUCCUCAUCAAAUAUCUGAUCAUUUUCAUACAUCUCGUACUCACACUAAAUGGCAACAUUCCAGUAUUGAAGAUCAUUGCAAAAGUAGAGUAAAAUUUUGUUACAUUGAUUUAAGUUUAAUUGUGCACAGUGUUACUGAACCAUAUUUUUGUUAUGUUUUUAUUUAUAUGAUUUGUUAUUUUUAUAUGUCAGUCAUUCUUUGUUGCCAAACAGAUAAAAUAUCUGUGAUUAUGAAUAAACAAGGUAUUAUUAUU